GUAACCGCGAGGUCCUCGUCGCGUAUAGACACGAGUUUUGUUUUGCGCGGCGAUUACGAACGCAAUCAGCCGCGAUGUCGCGUGUUUACCAACCUACCGAUUAUGUUGUCGAAAAGUCGCUAUUGCCAUCUUUUGAAAAAUACAAAGAAAUGCAUAAACAGUCAUUAGAUGAUCCUGAAAAGUUUUGGUCUCAAAUAGCGAGCGAAUUCGAUUGGCAGACUCCGGCUCAGCCCGGCAAAUUCGUAUCGUACAAUUUUGACCUGAAUAAAGGGAACAUUUUUGUCAAAUGGAUGGAAGGGGCAGUCACAAAUAUUUGCUUCAAUCUAUUGGACCGCAAUGUGAGGAAUGGAUACGGGGAAAAGAUAGCUUAUUACUGGGAAGGAAACCACGCGGACGACUACAGCCGCAUCACGUACAGGAAGCUGAUGGACCUGGUGUGCCAGUUCUCCAACGCGCUGAAGGAUAACGGCGUGGGGAAGGGAGACCGCGUAUCUCUCUACAUGCCCAUGAUUCUGGAGACGGUGGUGUGCAUGCUGGCGUGCGCGAGGAUCGGUGCCAUACAUUCCGUAGUGUUCGCAGGGUUUUCUUCGGAUUCGCUCGCGGAGAGGAUGGCGAGCUGCAAGGCCAAGGUGCUGGUGACGGCGGACGGCGGGUGGCGCGGCGAGAAGCUGCUCGUGCUCAAGAACACGUGCGACGAGGCCAUGCAGAACGCCCAGGCCAAAUACAACCACAAGGUCGACAAGUGCAUCGUCGUGUCGCACCUCAAGAGGGUCACGCCGUGUGGGAAACUGCCCGAUGAUAUCUCGUCUUUGUACAAAUGGACGGAAGACAGAGACGUGUGGUGGCAUGAAAUAAUGGAAGGGCAAUCCACCUUCUGCCCCCCAGAAUGGAUGGGUGCAGAGGAACCGUUGUUCAUGCUCUACACCAGCGGCUCCACCGGCAAGCCGAAAGGCGUGCUGCACACCACCGCCGGCUAUCUGCUGUACGCCGCCACCACCUUCCGCUACGUAUUCGACUACAGAGACAAGGACGUGUACUGGUGCACCGCCGAUGUCGGCUGGAUCACGGGCCACACCUACGUCGUGUACGCACCGCUGGCCAACGCCGCCACCUCUGUCCUCUUCGAAGGCACCCCGUUCUACCCAGACAACGACCGCUACUGGGCCGUGGUGGAGAAGUGCAAGGUGUCGCAGUUCUACACCGCACCCACGGCCAUCAGAACCCUCACUAAGUUCGGCGAGGAGCCCGUUCAAAGGCACGAUAUAAAGUCGCUGCGGGUGCUGGGCAGCGUGGGCGAGCCGAUCAACCCCGAGGCAUGGCUGUGGUACUACAACCUGGUCGGCAACGGGCGCUGCUCCAUAGCCGACACCUUCUGGCAGACCGAGACCGGCGGCCACGUCAUCACCAGCCUGCCAGGGGCCACGCCGAUGAAGCCCGGCGCUGCGGGCUUCCCGUUCUUCGGCGUGGAGCCGACGCUUCUGGACGAGAGCGGCGCCGUGAUCGAGGGCCCCGGUGAGGGUUACCUGGUGUUCGCGAGGCCCUGGCCCGGCAUCAUGCGCACGCUGUGGGGCGACCACGAUCGCUACGAGCAGGUCUACUUCUCCAAGUUCCCUGGCUACUACUGCACUGGCGAUGGUGGUCGUCGCGACGAGGACGGCUUCCUGUGGGUGACAGGGCGCAUCGACGACAUGCUGAACGUGUCCGGCCAUCUGAUGUCCACGUCAGAGGUGGAGGGCGUGCUCACGGAGCACCCGCACGUGGCCGAGGCGGCCGUCGUGUCCAAGCCGCACCCCAUCAAGGGUGAGUCGCUAUACUGCUUUGUGGUGCUCGUGCACGGCGUGCAGCUGGACGCGGCGAUGCUGGACGCGCUGCGCAAGCUGGUGCGCGCACGCAUCGGCGCUUUCGGCGUGCCCGACACCGUGCAGUACGCGCCCGGCCUGCCCAAGACGCGCUCCGGCAAGAUCAUGCGCCGCGUGCUGCGCAAGGUGGCCGUCGGCGACCGCGAUGUCGGCGACGUCUCCACGCUCGCCGAGCCCGCCGUCGUCGAACAGCUAUUUAACAACAGGCCUUAGACACUUCCGUUCCGUUACAUGCUAUCUUAUCUAACGCUUUGUUUCCUAAUUGAAUCGAUAAGGAAUAAUGUGUUGGUUUUCCCUAAGUCCACAUGCCAUACCGUUGCUAUCCGCCCGCUUCAAUCCUUGUCUAGGCAUAAGCAUUGGUAGAAGUAGAAGGGGCACGCGCGGGAGGGCUUUGACUGCACAGAAUGAGAAUGCAGACUUGUUAGCGACUAUUUUUUGACAUAAUCAUGUAAAUUUGCCUAAAUUUACAACAAUAUACUAACGGAACCAACUUUAGAAUAGGGGGCUAGGCGGUGUUAUCGUUAAUGGUGCUCCCACAUUGGCUGUUAUAAAAUGACAGGGACAACAUAAUAAACCACUAUCAAUACUAUCAUGUCGUCCCUGUCACACGAUGUUGUAUAACACUUUAUAACAUCCAAUGUGGGAGCACCAUAACAAGCUGAGCUGUGCCUAACAAUAUGGUUUAUCCUUUAUAUUUUACACUUACCUAACUGAAGUAAGAAAUGAUGACAGAAAUAUGACACUACCGAAUUAUUGACUCAUUAAAACCAUACUAUUACACCUAUAAGUGAGCUUUGUUAAUUGUAUACAUGUUUAUUAUAUGUAUUAUAAAAAUGUUAUUAUCGAAUAUCUAAAUAUGUGAUUAUUCAAACAUCUUCUGUAAGAUAGGAUGUGCUUAGUGUUAAUAGAAAUUCUAUAAGAGUGGUAUAAUUAAAACUAAGUUAUUUACGGAAAUAUAAUAACCCCGCGACCCUCAUAGAGCGCGGCAAUCGCGCCUUGAGCGAUAUGCUAUGUAGGUAUUAACCGUAAUGUACAAGGCAAUGUACAAACCGUACAAAGCCGUUCCUCAUAGUUUCCCAAAAUAUUGAGCCUUUCAUUAAAGGUAAUAGCUAUUGAACUAAUUGUCCCUACCUUAACAGUUAAGGACUGUUACUACAUAUUUUCAUUUGUUAACUUUGGAUUUGGAUUUGUUAACUUUAUGCCAUUAGAUAAAUUGGAGCGACCAUAAAUAUGCACUACACUACAUAAUAUAGGUAGAGUGCGUUUUGAAAUAUUUUUGAGCACCUCUGCCGCUCUGAUAUAUCUGCAGCUGAUCUCGACUGUACCAAGAUAAUGGUAGGUACGAGUAUUUGUGUGGGGUAGGAGUGAGUGGGUGUUAUAUAAUAUAAUAUAAUAUAAGCCUUAUGAGUAUCUACUUAUUGUAAUUUGUAAACAAGGACCGUUUUAUUUGAAAAGUAAGAAUUUGUUCGGAUGAUAUAUGAAGGGUAUACGGAAAGAACAUGUUUAGUCACUUUAGUAACAUUUUGAGUAAUCGCGGUUUUAAAAUUUGGAACCAUGUCAAAAUGUAUGCUAAUUCCGUGACCAGGUCUUUAAAAAAAAAAAAGUUGUGUUGCAUAUAUUAUACAGUGGUAGCAAAAGAUAUAACUAAUAGUUCAUUAAGAGCUCUACAUUUUGAGAUAAAAAUAUCAUUUUCCGAAAAAAGUGACUAGACGUGUUCUUUCCGUGUACUUACCCUUCAUUAUAGUUAGUGUUAAACGAAGAUAAGUGUCGUCAUUUGUUUUUUAUGAACAGUAAAACUGUUGUUUUAAACAAUGAUUAUUAAUCAUUCCACGGUUUUUGUGUAAGUAUAGGUACUUAUAAUUUAAGAAGAAAAUGUUUAGUAGACAUAUUAUUUAUAUCAGUUUCUAAUAUCUUUGUCUGGUCAUACCUAUACAUACAUUGUAAGGCUAAUUAUGUUAAGUAUGUAGCUCUGUCCGUUUGCCCAACAGCCAAAUACGAGUGUAGAAUACUGCAGUGCAUUGUGUAUGCAAAUAUAGUUAUACAUAUGUAUAAUUAUGUAACGUUACACGGCCGCCACGCCGUCAAUGAAAUGCUUACUGUAACAAAAAAUAAUAACAUUACAAAAUAUAGCUGUAAACUUAAUUGUACGUUUAUAUUUUAUGUAUCAUUAUUUUAUUUUGUAAAAUAGGUUGAUCACUUAUGUUUUGAUAAACAUACACAUUUGAUUUACAUUUUUUUUUCAUUAUGUUCUUUGUAUUCGUUUUUAAUUUUUAUUCGUUUAAUAAUUUAGAUGUUAUAAUUUAUAGGUUGUGAUAUUGUUAGUUUGUCAUUGAUACAUGUUGGUUCCUGUGUUGUGCACAAAAUAAAUGAUGCAGGAUCACGCUGCUGAAUGUUAUCGUUGAA